AUGGAAGAGAGCGUUCCAGAAGCAGAGAACCUUUUGUUCUCUAGAGAAGUCGCAGAAAAAGACAAAGAUAAAGAAACACAAGAAGAUGAAGAAGAAGAGAAGGUGGAAGCUAAUGGUGGGAUUUUGAACAAUCUGAUAUCCAACUUGAUGGGUGCAACAACAACAACAGUAGACGGCGAAUCUGGUGAAAACAUUAAGAAAUCUGAAUGUGAAGAUGAAGAUGAAGAUGAGAAGAAGAGAGAGAGCUCAGGCGCUGGAAUCUUGGAAAAGAUUAUUUCUCAUUUCCCAGAAGAUGCAGCUCCAACAACGGAGGAGGCAUCCAUUCUGAUCCACUCUGUGAUUGACUGA